AUGGAUGAAGACGAGUCGGAUCAGACGAAGGCUAUACAUUGCGAACUACAGGCCAGCGAGAUUUCAAAGACACACUGGAACAGAGUCAAUGAAGAACAUAUAGCGAACAUUGCAACAAAUACAAGGGACCCCGACAAGAGCAAAAUUUUCCACCUGGACGAGAACUCCUGGACUCCAAGAGGCAGAGUAAAUCAGGGGCAGAAUAUACUCGGAGGAGCAACAAUAACUCGGAGGAGCAACAAUAACUCGGAGGAGCAACCGCGGAGUUGGAAAAUUGUGGAGUAG